CGCAGCCAAAGACUGUUUGUUGGUUUUGGGUUUGGAUCUUGGGAUUUGGAUUAAAGGCCGUCCGCCCCAAAGCUGGAUUCUUACGGUUCCAGCAGCAACAUUCCACUACCUCUUAUCUUUUUGCGAUGGCGGCACAAGCUCCCCCCUCUGAAGAGCUCGGACGGCUGAGCGUCGAGGACUCCGGCGGUAAGCCCAAGCCGGAUACGACUGCGGCCAGCAACGGUAACCAGAAUCACGAGAGCGACGACUCUGAGGACGACGCCGAGGAGGCCGCUGCGCCCGGGGCGGCCGCCGAGGGCGCCAAGAAGAAGAAGAAGAAGAAGCCCAAGAAGAAGAAGAAGAAGCCGACGCAGCAGUCAGACCCCCCGCGCGUGCUGAUCUCGCAGCUCUUCCCGGAUCAGAAGUAUCCCAAGGGCGAAGAGGUCGAGUACGUGAACGAGAACAGGUAUCGCACGACCAACGAGGAGAAGCGCCACCUCGACAACCUCAACAGCGACUUCCUCAACGACUACCGCCAUGCCGCCGAAGCGCAUCGCCAGGCCCGUCAGUGGGCGCAGAAGAACAUCAAGCCCGGUCAGACCCUGACUGAGAUAGCCAACGGCAUCGAGGACGCCGUGCGCGCUCUCGUGGGGCAUCAGGGCCUGGAGGAGGGUGAUGCUCUGAUUGCCGGCAUGGGCUUCCCUACCGGCCUGAGCAUCAACCACUGUGCGGCUCACUACACGCCCAACGCGGGCAACAAGAUGGUCCUUCAGGAGGACGACGUGAUGAAGGUGGAUAUCGGAGUGCACGUGAACGGCAAGAUUGUCGACAGCGCCUUCACCCUGGCCUUCAACCCCCGGUACGACCCGCUGCUGGAGGCCGUCAAGGCCGCCACCAACGAAGGCAUCAAGGAGGCCGGCAUCGACGCGAGGCUCGGCGAGAUCGGCGGCGCCAUCCAGGAAGUCAUGGAGAGCUACGAGGUGGAGAUCAACGGCACGACCUACCCGGUCAAGUCGAUCCGCAACCUGAACGGACACACCAUUCUUCCGUACAGCAUCCACGGCACCAAGAGCGUGCCGAUCGUCAAGUCCAACGACACGACCAAGAUGGAGGAGGGCGACGUGUUCGCCAUUGAGACAUUCGGGAGCACGGGCAACGGCUACGUGCACGAGGAGGGCGAGGUGUCGCACUACGCCAAGCGCACCGAUGCGCCCAAGGUCGACCUCCGCCUGAGCUCGGCCAAGUCGCUGCUGAACGUCAUCACUAAGAACUUUGGCACGUUGCCGUGGUGCAGGCGUUACCUGGACCGCCUCGGCCAGGAGAAGUACCUACUGGGCUUGAAUAACCUCGUUGCGAACGGCAUCGUGGAGUCGUAUCCGCCGCUGGUUGACAAGAAGGGCUCGUACACUGCCCAGUUCGAGCAUACCAUCCUCAUCCGACCUACCGUAAAGGAGGUCAUCAGUCGCGGAGACGACUACUAAACUAGUUGAACCGUCAGAAUAAGAUCGGGUCUGCAAUGGACUCCCUCGGGCGGUAAGGUUGGGGCAUGUGUCGCAGGCUUCCUUGUAUGUACUGUACAUACAUAUGGACAGUAGUUACUCGUACUCAGGUACAGCGUACAAACAUCGGCACUGCAUAUGCACCAUCACUGCAGACAAA